AUGGAGGAUUCGGGAGCGAUACUGUGUCAAAUCUCAUCCCUAAAGGCCAUGCUCGAUCAGGUGAACGAAGAAAUUGAGGCCAACAUUCAGAUAACGUGGGAGAUCGAGUCGGAGAUCGUGAAAUGCUCCGAGUUCGAGAACGCUCUGGCGGCGAAAUACUCCGAUCUCACCAAGACGCUCUACGUGUCGCAGUUUGAGCUCAUCAGACUCGUCUCCGUCACCAAGGAUUUAAGAAGCUCUGUGGAUAAUUUGGAGAGGCAAUUGGAUUCAAGAGGUUAA